AACCUGGAAGGGAGAUUUUUAUGAAAGUGUGCACAUAGUAGCAGGUCAUGUAUUUGCUUUCCAGAGACAAUGCACAGGAGGUCUGUGUUGCUUCCCAUUGGAACAGACUCAUUUGGAAGGCACUCAUGUGUGUGCCAGGAGAGAAAGAUGUGUUUUUAUAGGAGAUAAAAUGCAUGUUUUUAUAAGUAUUUUUAUUGGGGCAUUUUCAGCUUUGUGCCCAUCAAUCUUGAUAAUGGUUCCCUUUAAAUCUGAACAAAUAAACAGAAAUGUGGUGGCAACAGAGGCAAUCCAGUAAGUCUAGUUGCGUCAUUAUUACAUGCUGAGACCCUAGUUUUCCCUGUUGAUAUUCUUCAGCAAAGUGUUGAUAAUUUAUCCAGUCUGCCCUAUAUGAAACUUUUACAAUUCACUGUUUUUCAGUGAUGUUAAAAAAUACGUCCCAGUUUUUAUUUCCAGAUGAUUUCCAAUUUCCAGCAAUUUCCAGAUUGAUUGCAUUCAAAUGUUGGCAGGCAUGCUUUUUGUUCCACAACGCUUCCUCUGUCUUGGCAUUAGAACACAACUACUGAAGACAGUUUCUUCUUUAAGAUCCUUCAGAUUUUCAGCCCUUGCUACAAUGGCCUCUAAGCACAAAAAUGCAAAACGAAUUGAAGGGCUCGAUAGCAAUGUGUGGGUUGAAUUUACUAAGGUGGCUGCAGAUCCCUCAAUUGUUAAUCUUGGUCAAGGCCUUCCAGAUAUAUCCCCUCCUAGCUAUGUUAAAGAAGAAUUAGCUAAAGCAGCAGCAGUUGAUCGUCUGAACCAGUACACACGUGGCUUUGGACAUCCUGCGCUGGUGAAGGUCUUGUCCCAAGUAUAUGAGAAGAUUUGUGGAAGGAAGAUCGACCCUUACACAGAUAUCUUGGUGACAGUGGGAGGAUAUGGAUCUCUGUUUAGUGCAAUGCAGGCAUUAAUUGAAGAAGGCGAUGAAGUGAUAAUAAUAGAACCCUUUUAUGACUGUUAUGAGCCCAUGGUGAAGAUGGCAGGAGCAAAACCUGUUUUUAUCCCACUGAGAGAUAAAAAAGCUGGAAACUCUGCAUCUAGUGCUGAUUGGGUUUUAGAUCCCACUGAACUUGCAAGUAAAUUUAAUUCUAAAACAAAAGCGAUUAUACUGAAUACGCCUCACAACCCAAUAGGCAAGGUAUAUACCAAAGAAGAACUCCAGCUAAUAGCUGAUCUCUGUAUUAAACAUGACAGCCUGUGUAUCAGUGACGAGGUGUAUGAAUGGCUGGUGUACACAGGAAAUAAACACAUUAAAAUAGCUACUUUGCCAGGGAUGUGGGAGAGAACAGUAACUAUUGGAAGUGCUGGAAAGACAUAUAGCGUAACUGGCUGGAAGCUUGGUUGGUCCAUUGGUCCGCAGCAUCUUAUAAAACAUUUGCAAGUUGUUCAGCAGAAUACGCUGUAUACCUGUUCUACUCCGUUGCAGGAGGCUUUGGCACAAGCUUUCUUGAUUGACUUUAAACGCAUGGAUGACCCAGACUGCUACUUUUAUUCACUGUCUCGAGAACUGGAAGGCAAACGUAAUCGGAUGGCUCAGUUGCUCCAAGAAGUUGGAUUGAAGCCUGUCAUACCAGAUGGAGGAUACUUCAUGAUCGUGGAUGUUUCUGCACUAGAUGUGGAUCUUUCUGAUAUGGUGGAGGAUAGGCCUUACGAUUAUAAAUUUGUGACAUGGAUGAUAAAAUCCAAGAAGCUGUCAGCAAUUCCUCUGACAGCAUUUUGUGGCCUGGAGACUAAAGAGCAAUUUGAGAAAUAUAUACGGUUUUGCUUCAUCAAACAAGACAGCACUUUGGAUGCAGCAGAGAUGAUCCUGAAGAAGUGGAGUAAACAGACAGCUUAAUUUUGAUUAACAGUGCUCUCUGACAUAAGUAUUAUGUGCAUUUAAAAGCAGAUUACUUAAUACAAUACAUGAUGGAUAUGAAAUAAUAAGCAACUUUGUGCUGCCACUGGCUGAGUAGCUGAAAUGGUGAUUUAUUCAAUUCAAAUAAUCUGAUUCAAGGAGUCAUUUUCAGUCUUUUCCAAACUGUUGGCUAUUUCCCAAAAUGUACAUGGGAGCCUAUGCUUUUGAGAAAAAUAAAAAAAGGUUUGCUAGGAAGUUGAAAAAACCCAAAGUGUCAAUAUUAAGACUUAACAGAAAAAAGAAUUGAGGAAGUAGGAGCUGCUUCUGUUGUAGAAAUAUGGGUACCUGUGGGAAAUAGUAGAAUUUGAAAGUAAUAGUAGAAAGGAAUAGUAGAAUUUGAAAGUAAAUUCAUUGGAUUCCAUAAACUACAGUAGUCUGAUGCAGAGGGAAAUUAAGAUAUGGUAUAGGUUAGGUGGUUUCUAUGUCCUUGUGCAGAAGGAGGGUUUUUUUGUUUGUUUUGAUUUUCUUACACACCAAAAUGAAGUUUACACUAUUCAAUCAAUGCUGUUUUUGAGAGAUAGGUAACUGUGCUACAUACCAUUAUUUCUGUUUUAAUUUCCCACAGUUGUCAAAUUUUACUAUUUGUGAAAGUGCUUGAUCUUCAAUAAAGUUCUAAAAGUAGCGGAUGAUGUAAGACUUUACUUAUAUAUUUAUACAUUUAAAAAAAAGAGCUAGUCCAAGAUGCACCUUGACAAUCCUUAAAUAUACAGUCAAUGAAGUAACCUACUCCUGCAGUCCCUUCACAGUUGUUUAUCACUGUUAACUCUACAUCAAAAUAUAUCCUUAAAUAAAAUCUCAGGAAAACUGAAGAGUGUGGGCAUUGUAUUGUGCAGUUGAGGUUGGUGAAACUUGACUAUUUCGGGCUGAGGGAGUGAGAAGAGCAAAUCCUGAAGUGGAUGAGUUCUCAUGGAGAAUUCCCACCAGCUGCCACCUCUUGCAUGCAUCAGGGAGGUUCUGGAUGUUUCAUCAUCCCCAAACUGGUUCUCACCUGACUAAAAGCAGUCCAGAGAAGCUCCUGGGAGGAGAUUGCUGUGUUCUUUUUCCAUGACUUUUAUAUUGGUGCAAGGUAGGGUAGAUUUGCACUCUAUAGACUAACUAAAUCAGAGGUGAAUUAUGCUUCCGUAAGCAGCAGUUUACUUCAUUAGAUGCUAAGGUGAUCUUGUAAAGUAGAGUUGGAACAAGCUUAGUACAUAUUUGCAAAAUAUCAUCUUCCUUGUUCUGCUUGGGGUUCAAAAUCUUAAGGACUACCAGUGUGUCAUGGGCUUGAACAAAAAGUGUCUCAUCCAAAAGUAAAUUUACUACCCACAGCUGAGCUGGCAGUAGCUGCCACAUUUCUUUGUCAGUUUGUCACCGUGGCCUUGGACACCCAUUCUCAACAGCUGGAACCUCCUUCAUUGUUCCAUCAUCCAAUUCUUAACACCAUCACAAGAAAUUCAUCAGAAACCUUUUUUUGUUAAAGGAGAUGAAGACUGUUACCUUUGAUCUCCAUAUUGAAAAAGUUAUUUGGAAAUAAAAUUUGCUGCCUGUGAGUUAUCACAUACAUCCUGGGGAAGUAAAUUCCAGGGAAAGCUACUUCAUGUUUCCCAAAUCCCAUCGUAUUGAAAAUUCCCACAGUAAAUUCUGUCUGGAAGAUGUGCAAGAAACUGUAGGACAUUUGCCCAGAGAACAUUUCAGAAAGAUCUCUUCCAGAGUGCUAGUUCAAGUGCAAGAAAAAAGUAUAAUUUUUCUUCAUGCAUUUCAGCUUGUAACAUGACAAACAUGUUAUGAUACCAGACUGUCUGUAUCAGCAUCUUGGCACAUGUUAUACUUAUGGCAUAAUUGUGUUCUGCUCACAUGGGCUGCAGAGCAAGGCACUUUAAAAUGUUCGGUUGCGGGGAGCCAGGCUAAACUAGCAGUUUUUAAAUGCCUUGGGGACAUUGAGAUGAGGGAGAGAUUCCCUGAUUCCAAGGUCUCAGUGGCUGGGGAUUUCUAAAAGCCAUGUCUGCAGCUGAGCUGUCCCAGGGCCAUACUGACAAUCAGCUGAUUGUCAGACCUUGCCCCAACAGCCCAGGCUCUUCAAUCACUCUAGAACUAUUGGCACUGGGUCUGAUAAUCAGCUGAUUGUCACACCUGGCCCUCACAAUCUAGGGUCUCAAACUGGACCUGGGAGCAUUGGGGCUUUAGGGCCCAGUUGAUUGUUGUACCUCCUCUUGACCCAACCAGGGCUGCUAGGGCUGGGUCUGACAAUCAGGUAAUUAUUGGACCUGGCCUGAAGAGCCUCUGGUCUGGAAUCUACUGGUGGCUGGGGGUAGCCCUGUGUGUCCAGGACAGAGCCUCCCCUGCCCAAUAUGCAGGGUCAGGCUGGGGUCAGCUGAGCAGUGGCUCACUUGGGAUCAGACGAAUUUUUUAAAACCCCAUCACAAAUGUCAGUCUCCUGCCAUGCCAGAAAUGCAUGGCAGGAGGCACGAUGUUUGGAAUGGGGCAUAAAAUUCCUCUGAUCCCAACUGCAUCAUUGUUUUAAUAUCUACCGGGGGCCUUAUACUGGGUCCAAAGGUGCAGGUGCAGUAGAAAAUGGGGAGCCUCAAGGCAUACAGCUGCCUUUUUUCACUGAAGUGUCAGUUGUGCUAAAACUAAACAAAUGUCCCAGUAUGAAUAUACCAUAAAAAAGAAAGCAUUUUCUCUGUCGUAUAGAUCAAUUCUAUAUUCUUGUAGUAUCUUAGUCUAAUGAUAAAGACUGUAUACUGUUGGAAUUUUUGCCUAUCUCUGAAACGAAUGCCUCAGUGCCUUACAGAAUUCAAUAAUGUUUAUAUCUUCAUAUCAACAUAUUUUAAUGAAUUUGAAUAACUUAGUAUAAUUUAAUAUAAUUCAAAAUGAUAGUACUGAUAUGGCACAUUGUUGUAGAUGCUGCUAUCCAAAAUCUUCAAAAGUUGUAUGGAGAGGUAAUGAUGCGGAAGCUAUUUUUCAUACAGGAAGCUGUCCUCACUUUGACAUCUAUAG